AUGGCCGCUGUGGCGCCGGUGGAGGUGUGUGUGAAGGCCGCCGCGGGGAAGCCCGACACGCUCGGCGACUGCCCGUUCUCGCAGAGGGUGCUGCUGACGCUGGAGGAGAAGAAGGUCCCCUACGAGGUGAAGCUCGUCGACAUCGGCAACAAGCCCGAAUGGUUUCUGGAGAUUAACCCAGAGGGUAAGGUGCCUGUGCUCAAAGGUGGUGAUGGUAAAUGCAUUGCUGAUUCUGAUGUAAUCACCCAAGUCAUUGAGGAGAAGUUCCCAACUCCAUCUCUGGUCACCCCUCCAGAAUAUGCAUCAGUGGGAUCAAAGAUUUUCCCGGCCUUUGUCAAGUUCUUGAAGAGCAAGGAUGCUAGUGAUGGUUCAGAGAAGGCGCUUCUGGAUGAGCUGCAGGCACUGGAUGAGCAUCUCAAAGCUCAUGGCCCUUACAUCAGUGGGGAGAACGUGUCAGCGGCUGAUCUUAGCCUUGCGCCAAAGCUCUUCCACCUCCAGGUCGCACUGGAGCAUUUCAAAGGCUGGAAGAUCCCAGAAAACCUAACCAACGUCCACGCCUACACCAAGGCUCUUUUCAGCCGUGAAUCUUUUGUCAAGACUAAGCCAUCCGAGGAGCACGUGAUUGCAGGAUGGGCGCCCAAGAGGUUCGGUAUGGUAGACCCUUUCUCAAGAGGGUGCUUCAUGCUGGAGGGAAAGGAGGGGGCUCCCUACCAGAUGGAGCUCAUUACCUCAGCAACAAGCCUGAAUGGUUUGUCUCUUUUCCCUCUUUCGUUUAUUCUUUUCCAGAACAGCAUUCUGCAGUGUGACUAA